AAAAUUCACAGCACAGUACGUGCCCAUACCGAUGACAUAUCUUAUCAACUCCACCUUCUGGAUUUGUAUGCUCUUCGAGCUGGGUUGAUCACUUUCUCAGUCACGUGUUUUAGGAUAAAUGGCAUCUGAACCUGUCAAUGUGAGUGAAUUUCAAGAACUUGCAAGGCAAGCCCUUCCCAAAAUGUACUACGACUUCUAUGCUGGGGGAGCCGAAGACCAGCAAACGCUUGAAGAGAAUGUCAAAGCAUUUCAUAGGAUCAUAAUUCGUCCGAGAAUUCUGGUUGAUGUGAGCAGAGUAGAUAUGUCAACAACUAUUAUGGGUUACAACACAUCGGCCCCCAUCAUGGUUGCCCCAACUGCCUUGCACAAAUUGGCACACCCUGAAGGAGAAGUUGCAACAGCCAGAGCAGCUGCUGCCUGUGGCACCAUAAUGGCAUUGUCCUUCACGUCAAUGUGCACGGUGGAGGAGGUUGCUUCCAGCUGCAAUGCUGUUCGCUUCUUCCAAUUAUAUGUGUACAAAAAGCGUGAAAUAUCAGCUCUGAUGGUGCAAAGAGCUGAAAGAAAUGGGUUCAAGGCUAUAAUUCUUACUGCUGAUACUCCUAGACUUGGUCGUAGGGAGGCAGACAUUAAGAAUAAGAUGAUUUCACCUCAAUUGAAGAAUUUGGAAGGUUUGGUUUCAACAGAAGUUCAUACUGAUAAGGGUUCAAAUAUGGAAGCCUUUGCAUCAAGAACUUUAGAUGCUUCAUUGUGCUGGAAGGACAUUGGAUGGUUGAAAUCCAUUACAAGCUUACCUAUUCUGAUUAAGGGAAUUCUCACUCGUGAAGACGCAAUAAAAGCCGUGGAAGUAGGUGUUGCGGGAAUUGUUGUUUCCAAUCAUGGAGCACGCCAGCUAGAUUAUAGUCCCGCCACAAUCACUGUUCUGGAAGAGGUGAUUCUUGCUGUUCGAGGGAGAAUUCCAGUUCUUUUUGAUGGAGGAGUGAGGCGGGGAACAGAUAUUUUCAAGGCCCUAGCUCUUGGAGCACGAGCUGUUAUGAUUGGACGGCCAAUUAUAUAUGGGUUGGCAGCAAAGGGAGAAGAUGGGGUGAGACGAGUACUCAGUAUGCUGAAGGAUGAACUUGAGCUCACUAUGGCCUUAUCAGGCUGCUGUAGUGUGAAGGACAUAACGAGACGCCAUGUGAUGACUGAACAAGACAGACUCCACUGCAGACUCUAAUCUAUCAUAACAGCAUUGUGGCAAACAUGCCCUUAAGAUUAUCUGUCUCUUUUAAUUCUAACGUUUGUGCCCUUAAAUUGCAUGGACAUUUUACCUGCUAUUGCUUGUAUUUUAUUGAUACCAAUUCUGGGAAUCAUGACAUCUAGUCUCGAAUCAGAAAUUGAAUAAUUAUUUAAUUACCAAUUCAUGAA